AUGCCGAUUGGAGAUUUGCUCGCAUCGAUCACGGGCGAAAAGCCAUCGUCAUCAUCGACAUCUGCGAAAGAUGUUCCAGUAGCAUCUAAACGGAAGGCGGACGAUGACCUUCGAGGUUCUGCGCCAAAGGCCCCGCGUACCGAGCCCUCGACAAAUGGAAGUGCCCGGCCAAAUGGAAACGUAACGAAAUCUUCUACAGCGCGCCCCGCCGAGCGACCGAUGGAGCGCCCCACAGGAAAUGCGAACCCAACACGUCCCGCAGAAAAGACAACUGGCUACACUGGCACCGCGCAACCACGUGCAACGACGAAGCCAACGGCUCCGGUGUCAUCCAAGACCACAUCGACACAGUCAAGGGUGGGAGGAACAAGCUCGAAUGGGAACAAGGCUCCACUCUCGCGACCGCUCGUCAGCCGACCCGCCCCUAGCACUCCUGUCUCCGACUCUGGACCUCCGAAGAGGCGUUCGUUUGCAGAGAUCAUGGCAAGGGCCCAGACUAAUCAGCACAUGCUGUCGUCCGUUGGAAAAAUUCAGCACAAGAAGGUGGAAAGGCAGUUGUCCAUGAAGGAACGCAAGGGACUGAAGGCCGAGGAAGCGAAGAAGGGAAAGAAGGAUGCAAGGCCAGGGACUACCGGGAGGAGCGGUGUGACAGCUGGGCCAGCCCGCAAUGGCACGAACGGAACGACUGCGAACCGUCAGCGGAGUACCACCCCUUCAGCCCCGGUUGGCGCCAAGCCCAAGGCAAGCCAAAAACCCGUCGAGGAAAAGAAGGUAAAGAAGGCCGCUCUAGCGACGACUGGUUACCAAGGCACAGCACGUCCUCGCCCAGGGGCCACCGCCACAAAGCCAGGUGCAUCCACCUCUGCAGGCGCAAGUAGGGGUCGUGGGAUGUCCGGUUAUGGCGCCUCAUUAUCACGUCCCCGGAGACGCGAGGAGGAGGAUGAAGAGUUGGACGACUUUAUCGAGUACGACGAAGAUGAAGAUGAUGGCUACGGCUACGGUCGCCGCGGUGGUUAUGAUUCACCGGAAGAGGACGACUCGGACAUGGAAGCAGGAAUAUCCGAUAUCGACGCCGAGGAACGCCGGGCAGAGAUGGUGGCUCGCAAAGAAGACAUGGAGCAGGAGGCGCUGGAGAAGAGGUUGAAGCGCGAGAAGGAGGCGAGAAAGCAGGCGGCACUUGCAAAACUCAAGUCCAGGGCCGGAGACCGCUGA